AGGAAGUGGGUUGGACCGCGCGCCGAGCAGCGAAGCCGCGCGAGACAGAGUGCCCGCCGCCGCCGCCGAGUGCCCGCCUCUUCGACGUUCGUGUCGGCACCGUUCCGUUAGAGGGAGCCGGAGCAGGGCUCGGGACUAUGUCCCCCCGACACAUUGACGCCAGGUUACCAUGGGCGUGCGCUGUCCUAGUUGUCGCCCUCACGCUAUGUCGUCCUGUCGCGUCUGAGAAAGGUCUGGUGAAACCGGGCAACUGCCCGCGGCAUGUGCUGCCAUCUAGCCGCUGCGUCUGGAACCAGACGGACGAAUGCGUCUCCGACGCGGAGUGCAGCGGCGUCGCCAAAUGCUGCUCCACUGGCUGCGCCAAGUUCUGCGUGAUGCCGCUGUACACCGCGUGUGAGCAGCAGCUGAAGUUCUCGCUGCGGAGGAGCCGUGCGCUGACGGGCGAGGCGGCCCGACGCGUGCGCAUCCCCGACUGCACCCCCGACGGCCAGUUCAGGCCGGUGCAGUGCGACCCGGUCAAGGAGAUCUGCUGGUGCGUCGACGACAACGGCUUCGAGCGGGCUGGCACGAGAGCGCGCUCGCUCGAGCUCACCAACUGCUCCAGGCAGGACGACUGCGCCUCGGUCAACUGCCGCAUGCUGUGUCCGUACAGCUUCAAGCUGGACGAGCGGGGCUGUCCGCUCUGCCAGUGCUGGGACCCGUGCCAGGACGUGCAGUGUCCCGGCCAGCUGUCCUGCCAGCUGGAGGAGAUGCCGUGCGCCAACGAGCCCUGUCCGCCCGUGCCCACCUGCAAACAGCCCCGUUCCCUGGAGACGCUCUGCCUGGCGGGACGACCCCUGACCUUCGCAGAGGGCAACCGACCGUUCCUGUGCGGCACCGACUCGGGAAAACCUCAGUGUCCGCCCCUGCACGAGUGUAACGUACCCUCAGGCGCUGACUACGGUGUAUGCUGUCCGUCGAUGGAGAAGGCGUUGGCGCCACCGGCCCGCUGCCCGGCCCCGCCGCUCGGCGAGCGGGAGGUGUGCGGCGUGCCCUGUCAGUUCGACUUCCAGUGCUCGCGCUACGACGCGUGCUGCCGCUCGCAAGAGUGCGGCACCCACUGCGUGCCCACCACCAACAAAACCAAGUGCGAGCAGAAGCGCCAGCUGGCCGAGCUGAUGAUGAUUAACGAGAAGCAGGGCCGCGGCUACGUGCCGCAGUGCACCGAGGACGGCAGCUUCGAGCGGCGGCAGUGCUCGCGCAACGGCCUGGUCUGCUGGUGCGUCGAUCCGGACGGCACCAACGUGCGCGGGACCAUGGGCCCGGCCGACGGCGUCGUCUGCCACCCGUCCGACGUCAACCGCAUCAGCAGCGGCCGCUCUCUGGGCUGCGCAACGCUGCGCUGCGCCGAGGUCUGCCAGUACGGCCACCAGCCGGACGCGUCUGGCUGUCCCACCUGCCAGUGCGUGCGCCCGUGCGACGAGUACCCCUGCCCCGAGGGCACCGUCUGUGUGGCCACGCCCACGCCCGGCUGUCACGGCCCGCUCUGCCAGGCCACGCCCAGCUGUGUUGCGUUCGAGAUCCAGGGCACGCCCGACAUCCCAGAGCAGCCUCAGACCGACAGUCAGCAGACGCCGAACGAGGGACUCACAGAAACUCACCAAAGCGAGCUGAUGACUACCAACAUGCACCAAAUGAAGGCAGCCACGGAGCAGAACCAGCUGCCGACCGAGGGUGCCACCGGCUCGGACGCGACCGCCGAGCCGGUCGCGGCCAGUUUCCCACUGGAGGGCGGCUGGACGGUGGACGAGACUCCCAACGGUGUGGCGCUGGACGGGGACUGGUCGGCGCCGACGCCGGUCAAGGUGCCGCUGCAGGGCGACUGGGUGGAGUUCGAGGAGGGCAGCGGCGAGCUGGAGGAGCCGGUCGCGCGAGGCGCGGCGCCGCCGGCCGACGGCGUCCUCCAGGUGGUCGACAGUGUGGUGAGCGUGCUGAUGGACCACCGCGCUCAGACCGGGGACGGCGAACAGGCGGAGGUCGUCAGGGACUACCGCCAGCAGGGCCAGGGGCAGGAGAACGUCGGCGUCGCGCCGGAGGAACUCGACACUCCGGAGGAUGGCGGCGAGCAAUCCCAGGGCAGCGUCGAGAGCGUGCCCAGCGAAUACGUGGGCGACGCCGACGUAGGUGACUUCGUCGAGUACGAAGUGGAGCAAAAGCUGCCGGCGCCUGCGCCUGAGGACUACACGAUCGAAGCCAGGGUCAGCCACCAGGGCCAGGGGCUGGGCGGCAGUCGGAUCCAGGCGCUGGACGCCACGGAGUUCCAAUUGCUGGAGCAUGAGCCAGAGAAUGCCGUCGACCAGAGGUUCCCAGGCAGGCUGGAUGCUGGUGGUGGCGAUCUACUGCCGCAGCGCCCCUCUGAAAAGCCAGGCCAGUGCCCGUACUCGGGCCCGGUGGGCGGCGGCAGCUGUGACCUGCAGUGUGCCGACGACGCGGACUGCACCGGCGAGCACAAGUGCUGCUCCAGCGGCUGCGGCACAGAGUGUGUCCGCCCCCUGCUCGCCACAGCGUGCCAGCACGAGAAGGCGGUGCUGGAGGAGCGGGCGCGCUCGUCGGGCGUGCCGCUGGGCCGCACCUACAUCCCACACUGCCGGAACGAGGACGGCCACUACUCUCCCGUCCAGUGCCACCCGGUGCUGGGCGUGUGCUGGUGUGUGGACGAGGCCGGUCGGGAGCGGCCCGGCACGCGCGCCGCCGGCCGACACAACGUCAACUGCAGCCGGCCCGCGCUCUCCUCCUGCCCGCGGCUGGACUGCCCGGCCUACUGCCCGGCCGGGCGGCGGCUGGACGCCCGCGGCUGCCCCACCUGCCAGUGCCACCACCCGUGCGAGGGUGUCCGCUGCUCGGAGGGCCUCGAGUGCCGGCCGGUGCCCGUGCGCUGCGUGUCGGGCCCCUGCCCGCCGCUGCCGCUGUGCCUGCCGGCCGUGGCCGACCCGUGCCCCCAGGGCAGGCCGCUGCCGGGCGCCCGGUGCGGCCCCGGCCAGGAGGCCUGCCCCGGCUCGCACCAGUGCCACAUCAGCCCCUUCCACGAGUACGACGUCUGCUGCCCCAAGCCUCGUGACGUGUGCCAGCUGCCGGUGGCCGAGGGGCGCUGCGGCGAGAGCCUUGUCCGGUGGCACUUUGACCGCGAGACCGGAUCCUGCCGAACCUUCACCUUCAGCGGAUGCGGCGGCAACCAGAACAAUUUCGACACGCUGGAGGAGUGCAAGGCCGUCUGUCCAGUGCUGACCCAGUGCCAGCAGCAGCGCGAGAAGAGCCAGCUGGCGGCGCAGCUGUACAAGCGGGUGGCGUUCAUCCCCAAGUGUCACCCGGAGACGGGCGCCUGGGAGCCGGUGCAGUGCCAGCCCGAGUUUGGCCUUUGCUGGUGCGUGCAUGCCAACGGCACCCAGGUGCGCGGCUCCAUGGUGGCCGGCGUUCCCUCCUGCUCGGCGCGCCAGGGCCGCCGGCUCAGCCUGCUGCCGCAGCGCACGCACAUCUGCGAACGGGGUGAGACGGUGCACGCGUGCCCGCGCUCCCUCUGCGAGAACAAGGUGUGCCUGUCCGACCCGAGCGCCACCUGCCGGAUCGACCCCUGCGGCCGCUGCGGCUACCGCUUCUACGACGCUGGCGGCAAUGAGGUCGACUGUUCCCGCGGCCUGACGGCCUGCCAGCGGGAGCGUCAGGAGGUGUUGAACUCGGCCGCCUGGAGACAGCACGGCCAGUACGAGGCCCGGGAUAGGUCGUCCGUGCGGCUCUACGCAGCGCUGCGGGGCAUCCUGUCGCAGAGCGGCGCCGAGCCGGGCCGCGGCUCGUCACUGCACGGAGACCUGCUAGCCGACGGUCUGGUGGUGGGGCCGCCCGUCUGUGACGAGCUGGGGGGCUACCGGGCCGAGCAGGGCUCCGGCGGCCUCAUGUGGUGCGUGGCCGAGGACGGCGCGCCCCUACACCGCACCAUCACCCGGGGCCUGAUCCGCUGCGACCGACAGGGCAACGUCGUGGAGCGCCAGGCGCUGUCCCCGGUCUGUGACUCAGAGGUGGCGCCGCGGGUGUGUCGCCACGAGUGUCUGCGCGCCGCCUGCCCGGGACACACGGACGCCGUUUGUGUGGCCGACCCCUGCAACAACUGUCACGUGACCUUCUUCAGCGUGACCGGCCGCGAGGUGCAGUGUGACCGGCCCUGCAGCCAGCCGGUCGUCUCCGGACAGUGCCGCGCCAGCAUCCCCCGCUUCUUCUACGACCAGCAGCUGGGACAGUGCCAGCCGUUCCUCUACGGAGGCUGCGGCGGCAACGACAACAACUUCGGCAGUCUUGAUGACUGUCAGGCGCAGUGCGAGCAGCCUGUGGACAUCUGCUCGCUGCCGGUGUCGAGCGGCCCCUGCUCCGAUGCCCACGUGCGCUGGUUCUACAACUCCGUGACCGAGGACUGCGAGCCGUUCACGUACGGAGGCUGCGCCGGCAACGGCAACAACUUCCGCUCCCGACAGGCGUGCCAGGCCCGCUGUCCAGACCUCGUGCUGUGUCCGUCGGUGCCCGGCUCGCUGACGGCCUGCAGCCGGGGCCAGAGCUGCGGCAACGCCACGUGCGCAGCGCGGCCGUCGGCCGUCUGUCGCGUCGAGCCCUGCUCCUGCCAGCCGUACUUCACCGACGUCAACGGCGAACGCAUCGACUGCCAGGCUGAGCCGGAGGAUACCGCGCAAGGACACGCCAAGGUCGUGAUCGUGAAUGCCGUUCCCAAGACGGUGACGUUGAAGAAGGUCAUCAAGCACAUCCCCACUGAGCCAUCAUCAACGACGACGACGAUGACGGAGAUGGCCGAGGAGGACCCGACCACAGUACCGGUGCCGGCGGCCGCGCCCGAGACGGCUGGCCCUCAGCACACACCCGUCUCCGCCGGCCCACAGUACAUCCCGCUACCAGCCGGCCCAACCGAGCAGGAGGCGGCUAUCAGUCGGAACGAGCUGACCGACGACGACGGCGGCGACGCUACAUCAGCGCUCGAGGGCAUGCGCGAGGUCACCUUCACCCUGAGCUCACCGGCCGGCGAGGUGAGCAGCCCGUGGGGUGCCGACUUCGACGCCACGCCGGCGUCAGAGGUGUCGUCCGACGUCGCAGAAGACGGCCUGACCGCCACGGUGGCGGUCGGGUUCGACCUGGCGUCAGAUGAGCUGUCGAUGACGUCAGACGCGACGGCACGCCAGCCGGCGUCGACGGACUCGGCGGACGCGGCGACCCUCUCUUCCAACGCGUUGCACGACGCCGCC